AUGUUGUUGGUCAACAAUACUUACAUAAUUAAAAUCCUUACUCUGAUCAUAACAGGACCAUGUGGGAUCAUCCUAAACGCAUCGAUUGUAGCUGUGCAUCUCAGCCACUGGAAGAACGGAGUGAGCUUUGGGGAAUGUGAUCAAAUCACUCUAAUCAAGGGGAUCACCAAUGUCCUCCUCCAGUGCUUUUUAGCUUUCAAUGGGAUCAUUAAUACGUUUCAGCUAUAUAAGCAUUUUGACAAAGAAUUCAUUUUUGUGAGUUAUACUUUCUUCUUUUUUUUGACUUCCCUCUGGGUUUGGCUCACUGCCUGGCUUUCUAUCUGCUACUGCUUCAAACUCUGCAACAUUUCACAUCGAUUCUUUAUUAUCUUAAAAAAGACAGUGCCCCGUAGGAUUACCCAACUCUUGUUGGGAACAGUGAUGAUUUUAGGUAUUAUUAAGAUUCCGAUUUUUUGGUCACUGAACAUCAACGCAAAGCUAAACACAUCUUCCACCUUAACAGUUCCUUUCUUUAUCUUAGAAACGGACAUUAGAUACCUGUCCUUUGCUGUUGCAUUUGUAAGUUUGUUACAAUUUGGUUGCUGCCUGCCAACUCUUAUAACUUCUUUCUGUAUGGGACUCAGCUUAAUGUCCCUUUUGAGACAUGUCCGGAGGAUGAAGCAGAAUAAUUCUCAAUCUUGGAGUGGUAAAAUGAAGACCCAUGCAAGAGCCUGUAUGGCAAUAUUCCUACUUUUGGCUCUGAACUUGUUUUUCUUUUUGACAGUUUUUAUUUCUAUUAUAUUGAAAUUCAACAUUGCAAGUUAUUGGGACACUUUCUUCUUUUCUAUCAUCUUGGCAAGUCCAUCAGGCCAAGGUUUCAUUCUGUUGUUUGGAAAUUCAAAGUUACGGCAUGAUUUGUUAAAGAUUUGCUUGUGA